AUGGUCGUCAAGGUCGGAAUCAACGGCUUCGGUCGUAUUGGGCGUAUUGUCUUCCGGAAUGCUAUCGAGCACGGCGAGGUUAACGUCGUUGCGGUCAACGAUCCCUUCAUUGAGACCCACUAUGCUGCCUACAUGCUCAAAUAUGACUCCACGCAUGGCCAGUUCAAGGGCACCAUCGAUGUCAACAGCAACGGCUUGACCGUCAAUGGCAAGGCUGUCACGUUCUACCAAGAGAGAGACCCCGCGAGCAUCCCCUGGGGCAAGCACGGCGUGGAAUACGUCGUUGAGUCCACCGGCGUCUUCACCACCACCGAGAAGGCCAGCGCCCACUUGAAAGGCGGUGCAAAGAAGGUCAUCAUCUCCGCCCCCUCUGCAGAUGCCCCCAUGUUCGUCAUGGGCGUCAACGAGAAAACAUACGACCCGAGCGUCAACGUCCUUUCCAACGCCUCCUGCACCACCAACUGCCUCGCCCCGCUUGCAAAGGUCAUCAACGACAACUUCGGCCUGACCGAGGGCCUCAUGACGACCAUCCACUCCUACACCGCCACCCAGAAGACCGUCGACGGGCCGUCUUCCAAGGACUGGCGUGGUGGCCGCACCGCUGCUCAGAACAUCAUCCCCAGCAGCACAGGCGCCGCCAAGGCCGUCGGCAAGGUCAUCCCAUCCCUCAACGGCAAGCUCACCGGCAUGUCCAUGCGUGUGCCCACCGCCAACGUCUCCGUCGUUGACUUGACUUGCAAAACCGAGAAACCAGUCACCUACGAUCAGAUCAAGCAGACCAUCAAGAAAGCCUCUGAGGGCGAGCUCAAAGGCAUCCUCGGCUACUCCGAAGACGCUCUCGUCUCCUCUGACUUAAACGGCGACUCCCGCUCCUCCAUUUUCGAUGCCUCCGCUGGCAUUGCCCUUAACGAUCACUUCAUUAAGCUCAUCUCCUGGUAUGAUAACGAGUGGGGCUACUCCCGUCGCGUCGUCGACCUCAUCGCUUACAUCGCCAAGGUCGACGCCGGCAAAUAG